AUGGAAAUACAGGACCUAAAAGAAGUAAAAGACCAUCAGCCUCAGCAACGACAUAUUGUUGCCUUAUCUACUGGCCUAACACUACCAGUUAACAUCUGCCCCAUACGCACCAUCAUUGAAGUUGAUGCGAAUAGGCAGCUUCACGACAAAGCAUGCUCUUUUAAGACAUCUGAUACUCUUACAUCAAGGGUCAUUAGUCACGGUGGUCGUUUAGUUGCCUAUGGACAUUCGGAGCCAAGUGAUGGUCAGGGAGAUCUGUAUAAGCCAACGAUCCCAAUUUAUAGGGAGCUUUUCUUCAUUGAUAAAAAAAGAAUAAAGGAGCUACUUACCAGCAGACUUGACGCUUAUCUGGUUCCCCAUACAUGUGAAGCAAAGAUGGAGUCAGGUUAUUAUUUACUCUCCGGUCUCCAUUGUUGUGGAGAUUUGUCGAUUGAUGCCUUGCGCCUUUGGUUGGCCGAUUUUCGAGCAAAAUAUCUUGUGAUCGCCUCUUGUUGCUACCACAAAAUGAUUGCUUCUCGACCACCACUGAGCAUUCGUUUGAGAAAUGCCCUUCAGUCACAAGUGAACCAACCGGAUUCCUCAACGAGUUUCCUCCCAAGUUUUGCCUCUAUUCCUUCUUUACGUUUGGCAUGCCAAUGGUCCCCUCAACAAUGGCUCACUUGGGGCCCCUACGAAAUGAAUUGUCAUCGCCUGCGAACAUUGUUCCGCGGUUUGCUGCAGUUGGCUAUUUCUAUAUAUUGCCACCAAGAGACUCUGGAGCCUAAGGCUUUUAGGCGUUUUUCACGCUCAGAUCCAUUAUCAUCUGUGGCCGCCUCCGACAAAGAUUGUUUAUAUGUGGAAGAUUUGAGUUUGGAAACUGCCUUAGAGAUUUGCCUCCGUCCACACUGGAACAAUCUUCUCAUGCUUAAGUUUUCUUGCGGGCCUUCUCUCAUCAACUGUGAAAAAAAUGGGGAAAAUUCAAUCUUCCUCCCAUCGUUUGAUGAGAUUUGGUCCUUUCUUUGUCUACAUAAGAGGCCAUUUUAUUCAUUGCAGGAUCUUUGGAAGCUUAUUCCCUGUUUGCUUGCCUUGCAGCAGUUGGUUCAACCUUUAUUGGAGGCAGUAAUAUUAGUAGACAGAGUCCAUUGGAUCCAUGAGGAAUGUUGUGAUUCUGUUCCUCUAGAAAGUAUUGGGCUAUUAAGGCUCUUUGAUCCAUUAAUUUCUCCCCGUUGUCUUGCUAUCGUGGCUUGUAAGGCCUAG